AUGAGGAGUAAAUCCCUCCCAUAUCUCACGUUCCACAGCAAAAUCGGACGGGAUCCCAGCCUAAAAUACGCCAUUGAAGCGCCGGUCAACCUCCAAAUCGACGGGGAGGAAGAACGAAAGUUAUCGGCGGUCGUGGGUCGCCGUCGGCGAAGGAAGAUCGACUGCCAGACGCGACGAAAGGGGAUCUGGGUAAGUUUACUUUUGAUAUUUGAAUUUGAUUUCUGGUUUCUAUGUUAUUUUUAUUUUGAUUUUUGGGAUUUGGCUUUCUGUUGGGAGGAGACGGAGAGUCAACAACGACGAGGGAAGAUUGAUUCGUCGGCGAUGCCAAAAUCGAAGGAUAACAAAAGAUAG